AAGGAAACCUCAGCCUCAGCGCUCGCGAUCCAUGCGUAUAAAGAAGGUCUGAGAAGCGGCGGUAGCAGCAGUCAUCUCAGUCUCACAUUGUCACAUCUCCAAGCAGCAGCCAGCCAACCUCACCACCUCACUCACAUCUGGAACCGCAAGCAAGAAUCCUUCUCCAAGCUCGUCGAUUAUCCUAGCUAGAUAGAAGCUCAAUUGGCAGGGCCGGGGCACGCCACGCCAUGAUGAAGGACGCGGUGAUCGAGCACGGGGAGAGCUCCAUGGCGCCCCUGGUGGCGGCGUCAGUAGCGGCGGGCGGCGUCGGCCGCGCGGUGUCCAUCGCCGACGUCUUCCUCAGGUUCCUUGCCAUCGUGGCCACCAUCGGCAGCGCCGUCUCCAUGGGCACCACCAACGAGACGCUCCCCUUCUUCACGCAGUUCAUCCAGUUCGAGGCCAAGUACAGCGACCUCCCGUCCUUCACCUUCUUCGUGGCGGCGAACGCGGUGGUGUGCACGUACCUCGUCCUGUCCAUCCCGCUGUCCAUCGUGCACAUCGUCAGGCCCAGGGCUCACUACAGCCGUCUGAUCCUCGUCUUCUUUGACGCGGCGAUGCUGGCCCUGCUGACGGCCGGCGCGUCGGCGGCGGCGGCGAUCGUGUACCUGGCGCACAAGGGCAACGUGCGCGCCAACUGGUUCGCCAUCUGCCAGCAGUUCGACUCCUUCUGCGAGCGCAUCUCGGGCUCACUCAUCGGCUCCUUCGCCGCCAUGGUCCUGCUCAUAGCCCUCAUCUUCCUAUCUGCCCUCGCGCUCGCCCGACGCCACUGAUGAUCAGGCCCCGUCUAUCAGCGCUGGGCAUGCAUGAUCGCAAUGAAGGCCGAGAGGAUUUGUUGUUCUCCUCUGGUCGAUUUGAUCGUGCAUGCACCAAUACUAAUGCUUGCAUUUGCUUCUGCUGUGUGGUCUUUUUUUUUCUUUCGUUUUUAUUACUCGUUUGCUCUUUGAUCUGAAUUGCUAGUAGAUCUCUCUUCCACUCUUUCAAACUGUGUGGUCCUCCAACUAUAAAGGACGAGUUUCAGGUUUGUAGUGUCAUGGUAAUGAUCGGAAAGAAAAAGGAAAACUAUACAAUGCAACUUCAUCUCGAUC